AGGUUUUUAUUUAACUUUUUUUUUACUAUUUUAGUCAAUUUUCGAAACGUUUAACAUGGCAGCCAGUGCUCAAGCCAGCCGUGGCCUAACAGCCUUGUUCAAGAGAGGCUGGAAUGAAAUUCCGGAAGUUAUCGGCUCAUCGGUUGUGGCUCUGGUCGGAAUUGGCCUCACUUUUGUUGGCCUGAGCAACUACUACCGGAAAGAUUGCGAUAAUCGACGUUACAAAAUGGACUAUGUCGUUAUGCGCCCAGAAGAUCCACGUGCUGCCAGUAUUCGCAAGGAUUAAGAAGUUUCGGAUUGUUGAUGCUUUCCUUUUUAGUGGGAUAAUAAAUUGAAAAUUAUUUUAAAUAAAA